UCCGACAGUGCUUGUAGAAUAAACUCAACAGUUAAUCAAUGUGGAAUCAAUUCUGGUCGAGUGUUCUUUUACUGCAAUAUAAGGAAGCCCACAAGCUCUAAUUCCACCAUCAAGUUCCCAGAUUUGUGCCCUAAUCUGAUUAAGCACUUCCUGUAAAUUGAGACUACAGAAACAAUGGCUCAACUCCAUAAGCUUCAGCUCCAAACUCAGAUCAGCUCAUCUCCUGACAAAAUAUUUGACGUUUACAAGAACAAAACCUAUCUCAUGCCCAGCAUUAGCCCUGACAAAUUACAAAGCAUUCAGGUGCUUCUUGGACUUACGUCAUGGGUGUCGCUGUGGUUGCUAAAGACAAGAUCGUUGCUGUCGAUGAAGAGAACAAGUCGAUCACAUUUGAGCUCAUCGGUGGAGAAGUCACGAAAUACUUCAAUUCUUUCAGAGCCACAUUUCGGGCCACGGGCAAGGGUGAGAGGAACAUAGUAACAUGGAGUGUUGAGUAUGAGAAAGCAAGUGAAGAUGUGCCCCAUCCACAUUCUCAUCUUGAGUUUCUGGUGAAUUUGUCCAGGGAGGUUGAUGCUUUCCUUCUCAAAGCAUAGGUUACCCAAUUAUACAAUAAGCUUAAUAGACUUGUCAUAUGAUUGAUAUACAAUUCAAGAAAAGUGACCGAUCAUGUACACGCUUGCUAUAUAAUAAUUUCCCCCACUUGGAGGGGAGGAUAAUUCUUUUUA